AUGUUCACAAAGCUCUCAGCCAAAUUCCACAAAUCGAACAAUCAAAAAGCCAAAUUAUUGAACAUUCCAGAGUUUUAUGAUCUCGACGAACCAAUAAAGAAACAAUACGUUCGUGGUUUAUUCCACAAGCUCCAAGCUGGUGCGAGGAAAAUUAGCCAAGAGAUUCACCAAAAACCAACCUCAGAACCACAAAGUUCGAUUUAUUCUACACAACCAUCAAAUUAUUCCGAAGUCGUUCCUGCUAAUUCCAACAACCAUUCCAAACCUCCUCAAGCCGAGUCACAUUCUGUUAGAAACGACAGAAUUGUGUCCGAUGAAGAAGAAUAUGCUAUCAUCUCCAAGCAAAUGGAAAAGAAAACAACCCAGGAUUCAUCAAAUGAUCUCAAAUCCCCAACUGUGUUUACCGCUACUGUUGAUAGGCCUGUUACUAUUCCUACUUCUCCUGUUGUUAUUGACAAUAGAAAAUUGUUUUACAUAGAUACCAAGGACAAAGAAAAACAUCAAAUUAAAUUAUCUAGAGAAAAGAUCUCGUCAGGAGAAGGUUGUUUGACCAGAACUGUACGUCUCUGGAACCAAAUAGACACCAUGUGGUUGGCAGAUGAAGGUCGAUUUGAUGAAAUGCCUACUUAUGCUAAAAAUAGCAAAUAUAAAUUGGAUUCCACCAGAACCAGGAGGCAUUUGGAACUGCUGAAAAUCAAUAGAGACAAUGAAAUCACAAAUAUGUCCAGGGUCUUGUCAAGAGACGUUUCAUUAGAUUGCGGAAAUUUUAAAGUAGAUUUAAAAUCAGCUACUCCUACAACCAUUACUGAUCCUUCUCCUGCUGCUACAACUGCCACUACUCCUCCUACUGCUAAUAUAUAUAGAAAAUGGGUUUCCAUGCAGAACGAGGACAAAGAAGAAGAGGAACUUACGUUUCCUAGAGAAAACUUCACUUCAUACAGAUCUAAUACUUACAACAAAGCCAAACGUCUUAUCCAUGCAUUGAGAAUCAAACGUUGUAAAGAAAACAAAUCAUCCAGAUAUAUGUAUAUCAGCCCACCUUUGAAAGAAUCUACUUUAAGUACAAACGAAGACGACAUACAAUAUAUUCCAAAAGAUGCUUUAGACAGAGCCAUCCUAAACAAUAUCAGAAUUGCACAAAAAGUCCAUGGAACGGCCUUUCAGGGUGUUCCAUUCAGGGUAAUCCCUGCCUAUUCUGACUUUCCAACUGAUAAUUCCAAAAGUGAAAACAAAAGAAUUUUCCAUCCCAAUGCAUUUUCAUGCUGCAAGAGAGCAAAUAUGAAACCUGUGAACCACAAGGAAGAUUAUGCUAAGUAUUGUCGAUCAGCCAGUGGUUUUGUGGCUUGGGAAGUCAAAUGCUUGUCUCUAUUUUAG